AUGCUCGGCACGCUGCAUUCGUGUCCCAGCAAAGCGAGCAUGGUUCUAGAAGCAACUAUGAACCCGCUGCCGCCUGGCUAUGCUAUACACGAUGUUCUGCGCUUCAUAGCGCAAAAUCUACAGCUUGACAGCAUCAAGAAUGCCCACGAUAGAGCCUCGAUGGCUGGUGAGGUCUUGGCUCUACUGGCCCACUUGAUUGAAGAUAUCCCACAAGGCCAUAUCCCAUCCCAACAAAGCACCUUUGGUCUCUUCGCACGGCAGCUUCCAGUUGCCCAAGCUAAAGAUCUAUACGACAUACUGGAGAGGGCGAAUUUUACACUACACAAAAACACGCGGCUGCAGUUCGCCACAAAGCUGGCUGGCGAGGCCGCCUACAAGGAUGCUGCUUUCGCAAUACUGAAAGAAAUGGCAGAGAAGGGAGACACGUUAAAUGAUGCCGCCUCGGCCAGUACAGUCACAGCACUGCUGCAUUGCAAGACCACAAAUGAUGGUUGGACACAGCAAGUGAAGAGCUUCGCGGUAAAAGAUGUCCUGCAGCUGUUCAUGGAGCACGGUCACACGCCGAACACAAUCACAUUGACAGCUAUACUGGAUUCGCUGUGUCACCAGGGGCAGGCGGAGGAGGCCAUUCGCCUCGCUUUGUUAUUCGCGGAAUCUGGUGUGCCACUGGAUGCCAAGGCAUUCACCACUGUUUUCGCCGGAGCCAAGGCCAGCCUGAACGUCGAGAUCGUGGCCAAGGCUCUGACGGUUGCCAAGGUCACGCCAGUAUCGUUUGAGAGCGUGUUGAGCAACAUCCUGCAUACCGUUUUUUAUUUUGCGGACACGGAGACGCGAAGCAAGAGCCUCAAGGCGCCGUGGUCGAUACCAAUGUUUCGACCCAUGCUAAAAGUAUACGCAAAGAAAUUCGAGCUCAAGUCUCUGCAGUGGUGGCUGCCGGACUCGCUGCCGCUGCUUCUGGGCGAUGAAGGCGUCGAUACAGAGUUGGACGAUAAAUUCCGCGACCCGCUGGGCCGCGAGUGGGAUUUUAUGCACACAAUCCUCCCCCUGGCCGACAGACUCUUUACAGAAGACGGUGCCACGGAGGGCAAGCUACAGCCCAAUACUGCGGCCGACGGGGUGAUGCUGCGAGCAUACAUUCGAUCGCUGUCUCGCCCGCAGGAUAUUCUGUCAUUUUACAAGUUUUUCAGAUCGCGGUUAGAAGAGCAGAGCAAAUACCCCUCGCUCCUGCGGCAAAACCAGGGCGCCAUGAUCCACGACACAUUCAUUCUGGUUAUGACUGAGCACCCGGAGCUGUGGAGGGAGGCAUUACAUGUGUUUGGAGAUAUGCUCCAAGACUCUCUACGCACCAGAUCAGCGACUAACCCCGACGACGCGUCCAACAAGACCACGACGGCGGCGAGCGAGGUUAUUGAACCCGAAGCCUUGGCCACCGCGGCUGCAACGGCAAAGGCCAAGCCAGUGCAUCCGGCGCCGACGGCAUUCACGCUCACGGUCCUGUUGCGCGGCUUGCUCUACCAGGGUGAAAAUGCGCUCGCCGCGCAGAUGAUGCAGGUGAUGCAGGAGCUCGACAUUGAGCCCAACCUUGUGACGUGGAACACGUUGGUCCGGCAUCACGCGCUGGCGCAAAACACACGGAUGACGGUGACGUUGCUGCAGGAGAUGGAAGCGGUCGGUGUGAAGCCCGACAUGUAUACGUACAAUGCAUUUAACAGGCUGCGAGACCAGGACAAGGCGCUGACGAUGAUGCAGAGCAUUGUCGACGAGAACCGCAGGAGCCUCGUGGCAGGAGCGACGCAGAAGCAGAAGAAACCAAACAUUAUCACCAACCCAGCCAACGCCUACUCCCUCAAGACCCUCCCGUUGUCCGCCAUGCCGGACCCCGAUAUGGCGCAAGGACGGGGAUCGCGUGCUGUGGGCGCGCUGUACGGGCUCGCGGUGCGCAUGGCGCAGCUUCGUCUGACCCCGUUUGAGGCCGAGAUGCGCCUCCGCUCGCCGCCAUGA